UGGGCAAACUGAGACUCAUUUGCGAUUUCGUCCUGGAAUAUAACGGUCCGUAAUGGAAACAAAAAUAUUGCUAGGAUUUCUAGUGUUUGCGACUUUAUGCCAUCUUGGAUAUUCGUGUUCAUGUUUGCCUAUGAGUUUUACGAAGAAGUAUUGCGAUGCCGACUUCGUUGCGAAAGUUCGAGUAAGAAGUAAUCUGAAAAACCCCAGUGGGCAACAGGACUUCAACGACUUCUACAAGAUACGGAGGAUAGGUGCUCCUUGGAAAGGUUCUGUCAAACGAAGAACUCGCGUGUAUACAGCCAGUAAUGAUGCAAUGUGUGGCGUAUACUUGCAGAAAGGAAAAAAAUACCUACUUGCAGGUAACAUGGUUGGAAAUAAAUUGAGAAUUAACCUGUGCUCGUCUAUAUAUGAAAGGACACCACUGUCACGGCAGAUCAGAAAAAUGAAGAAAAACAGACGACUUUGCAUACCUACUAUUUUUAAUGCAAACAAGUUUAGGGCGGCGAGGACAAGCGGAAAAUAGUACAACUUUCAAAGACCUCAAAUACGUGUAAUUCUUGCAAUUUAGAAAUAAAUUACACCAAGAUAAAUUAACAUCUUGUUCGUUGUCUA